UAAAAAAUGAUCAACAUAGCAGGAAUAAUUUCUAUCAUUUUAUUUUACAUCCUCAUUUUGGGCGUUGGAAUUUGGGCCGGAAGAAAGAAAGAAGAAGGAAAUGAUUCGGAGGAAGAGGUUAUGCUGGCUGGACGUAAUAUCGGACUGUUUGUCGGCAUUUUCACAAUGACAGCAACUUGGGUAGGUGGCGGAUACAUCAAUGGCACAGCUGAAGCAAUCUACAAUCGAGGUCUAGUAUGGUGUCAAGCUCCGUUCGGCUAUUCCCUCAGCUUGGUCUUUGGGGGAAUCUUCUUCGCCAACAAGAUGCGCAAGCAAGGCUACAUCACCAUGUUGGAUCCCUUACAGGACUCCUUCGGCGAAAGAAUGGGUGGCCUCCUCUUCCUGCCUGCUCUCUGCGGAGAAGUCUUCUGGGCAGCAGGCAUCUUAGCAGCGUUAGGAGCUACCUUAAGCGUCAUUAUAGACAUGGACCAUAGAACGAGCGUGAUUUUCAGCGCGUGUGUGGCUGUUUUCUACACUCUCUUUGGAGGCCUGUAUGCUGUGGCAUACACUGACGUGAUUCAGCUGUUCUGCAUCUUCAUAGGCCUCUGGAUGUGCAUACCUUUUGCGUGGAACAGCGAAUAUGUAGUUCCCUUGGCUUCGAUUGAGAAGGAUUGGAUCGGACAUAUCGAUAAUCAUGAGAUUUUUUACUAUAUUGAUUACGGGUUGUUACUGGUAUUCGGUGGGAUACCUUGGCAGGUUUAUUUCCAGAGAGUGUUGUCGAGUAAAUCUGCGGGAAGAGCACAAGUAUUGUCCUAUGUAGCAGCCUUUGGGUGUGUGCUAAUGGCAAUCCCUCCGGUUCUGAUUGGGGCUAUAGCCAAGGCAACAGCAUGGAACGAAACAGGCUACAAGGGUCCCUACCCCCUCACAGAAGAAGAAACCAGCAUGAUUCUACCAAUGGUCCUACAGUUUCUCACUCCCAGUUUCGUCUCAUUCUUCGGACUGGGAGCCGUGUCAGCGGCUGUCAUGUCAUCAGCAGACUCUAGCGUUUUGUCAGCCAGCUCCAUGUUCGCUAGAAAUGUCUACAAACUGAUCUUCCGACAGAAAGCCUCUGAAAUGGAGAUCAUCUGGGUGAUGAGGGUGUCCAUUCUCAUUGUGGGUUUUCUUGCGACUGUCAUGGCGCUGACUAUUCCUUCGAUAUAUGGUUUGUGGUCAAUGUGCUCCGACCUAGUAUACGUUAUACUGUUUCCCCAACUCCUUAUGGUUGUGCAUUUCAAAGAAUAUUGCAACACGUAUGGCAGUUUGGCAGCCUACAUCAUAGCUUUUCUUGUCAGAGUAUCUGGUGGAGAAGAACUGAUGCAUCUACCACCUCUUAUAAAAUAUCCAGGUUAUGAUGAGGAAGGGAAGAGACAACUUUUUCCCUUCAGAACGAUGGCCAUGAUGAUGUCGCUAAUAACUCUCGUGGGGGUAUCCUGGUGGACGAAAUGGGUUUUCGAAACUGGACGUCUGGCUCCUGGGUAUGACUUCUUUCAUUGCGUUGUUAAUAUUCCCGAAGAUAUUCAGAGGGUAGGUGAACCAUCUGAGGAGGGAGAGCAAAUGGCCGUGAUGGCAUCAGGUGCGAUGGGUAAACUAUAUGGAGCGGCAACUUUAGUAGGGAAAGAUGAAAGAAACGGCAGAAUUAACCCAGCACUGGAAACCGAUGAUGAAGACCUUCCAGCAUCAGAACUUGAGAAGCUCAGAGCACCGAUAGGCAGCGGUGGUGGAUCCCGAUCGGCCACCAACCCCCUAGACAACGGCCAAACCACCCUAUGAGAUGAUGGGAAUGUCUUCGAUUUGAAAUAGGGAUCCACUGGUAUAGUUCAUUUAUCUAUUUUGAAAAGAACAGAAAUAUGAAAUGAAAACUAUCAAGAAUGAGGGAAAGCAUUUUUUAGUUAAUUCCAUUUUGAGAAACCCAUCGGGUUUUCCAUCUAUAUUUUAUUUCCAUGCAUAUUUGGAACCUUCUUCUCCUGAGGUAGGUGUUGUUAUUUCGAUAGAUAUAACUGCUGGUCAGUUGAAUAUAUAAUCUGUUUUCUAAGUUCAAAUGUUUAAAUUAAUGUUGCAUAAUAUAGAUGUAUUAGAAGACUCAUCAGUAUAGUUUUGAGCAGUUGUAGUUGAAAUAUGGUUAAGACAUCUGAAGAUUCGGAAAGGAUAGAUAAAUACCAAAAAAAAUUAAAAAGAUUUCAUGAGUGAAAGAAAAAUUGAGGUUCACCUCAGAAUUAUAAGUUCAUGAAGUUCCGGUCUGAAAAAUAAAAAUGUUAAAAUUAUUAUAUUUUAAACUCAACCAAAUAACAGAAUUACAUCUGUUCAUGGUUUUUCUGAAGAGUUAGAAUUGAUUUGUUUUGACUGUCUUAUCAGGACAACUAUUAGAACAACCAAUACCUUAUGAUUUGUUCGCACAAAGACACAGACUGAAAAAAUCGAUUAAAAAAAAAACAAAUGAAUAUCUUGCUCAUCGAAGUUGGGUUAAAUGGUUUGAAAAAUAUUGGUAACACCUGUUUCAUGAACUGCGUAAUUCAAUGUUUAUCAAAU